AUCACGCCUAAAAACUCACUCGGCAGAAGAAGUCAGAAGAGAUUCUCGCAGGCUCAAUCAUAUUACUCUUGGAAGGUGCCAUCCCUUUCUUGCAGUUUGAUCCUUCUCAAGGUUAAAAGAUGAUUUCGCUCGGCUUGCAAGUGACUCUGCUCCUCAUGGGCCUUAUGACAUACCUGGCCUAUAAAUUCUUAACCAAAAACUUCGACUACUGGCAGAAGAAGGGCGUUAAGUUCGUUCGGCCUGUGCCAUUUUUCGGAUCAGCCUCGUCUGUCUUCAUGAUCAAAGAACACGUGCUAACCUUUACUCAGCGUAUCUACCAAGAGUAUGAAGGUGAACCCUUCGUCGGCAUUUACAUGGGCAGGACACCAUGCCUCUUGUCGCUCGAUCCACAGCUGAUAAAACACAUCUUCGUCAAAGACUUUUCUCACUUUGUCGACCACGGAUUCCAAUUUCACGAAGAGGCAGAUCCAUUGCAAGCCCUGAGCCUGUUUAACCUGAAUGGUCAAAGGUGGAAGGACAUGAGGACAAAACUGGUGCCAACAUUUACCUCGGGAAAGCUGAAGGGAAUGCUCCCAGCUAUGAUUUCGUGCGCUAAUCAGUUUGAAGAGCACUUAGAGCACAUGACCGAAACCAAGGAAAUAUUCGAAGUGAAGGACCUUAUGGGAUGCCUUUUCACUGACAUCAUAGGCUCGUGUAUUUUCGGAAUCACGUGCAACACGAUCAAGGAGCCAAAGAACCAGUUCAGGGUGAUGGGCAAAAAACUUAUCGAGGUGGAUUUUGUGCAAGCUUUAAAAUCAAUGAUUAGUUUCUUUAUGCCAGAAGUUGCUAUGAAACUCAAGUUAACUUCAAUGCCGCUUGACGCAAUUGAAUUCUUCAAAAAACUAUCUAAAGAUAUUGUGGAGCAGAGGAAGAAAAGCAAAGUGGUGCGGAAGGACUUUAUGCAAUUGCUGAUAGAACUGCAGGAAAAAGGCAGUGUCGCUGUGGACGCGGAUGAAGAAGAGAGCGAACGGCAUGAUGAGUUCCAACACGAUGCAGCCAAAGAUUUUCAGAUGACGGACAUUGACUUGGCAGCGCAAGCAACCGUUUUCUUCUUAGCUGGAUUUGAAACCUCGUCGACUGUCACUACGUUUGCACUAAUCGAACUCGCCGCGAAUCCAGAUGUGCAGCAAAAAGCGCAAAGCGAGAUCGAUGAGGUGCUCGCCGAAACUGAAGGAAAAAUAACCUAUGAUGCCCUGAAGAAAAUGAAUUAUCUGGACUUCAUUUUAAAAGAGUCGAUGCGCAAGUUCCCACCGGUGCCUGUUUUAUCGCGAAUUUGUACCAAAACGUACACAAUUCCAAAUACGAAUAUUACGAUCGACAAGGGAACUACUGUGCAAAUUCCAUCGUACUCGCUGCACAACGAUCCAAAAUACUUCCCGGAUCCAGAAAGAUUUGAUCCAGAUCGCUUCAGUGACGAGGGACAAAAGUACCAGUUCAUUUAUACGCCGUUUGGGGAAGGACCGCGACAGUGCAUUGGAAACCGAUUUGCAAUAAUUCAGUCCAAGCUGGCGCUGCUGACAUUCCUCCGUCGCUUCAGGGUUGUAUUUUCACCGAAGACAGUCUAUCCUGUUCAGCUUGACAUCCGUCAAUUUAUUCCCACGAGCCAAGGAGGUGUCUGGCUGCAGAUAGAGAAAAGAUGUAAAAUGUUCGGCUUUUUGUGGAGCUUUCCUCUUGGACUUAAAAUCAGCCUGGGUCUGAUAGGGCUGCUUCUCUUCCUGGUCUAUCGCUACCUGACAAGUACCUUUGAUCACUGGAAGAAAAAAGGCGUGAAGUUUAUCAAGCCUUGGCCGAUUGCUGGAUCAACGGCGCCAAUUAUGCUGAUGAAGGAACACCUUCUGCACUUCCACCAAAGGGUCUACAAGGAAUACGAUGGCGAACCGUUCAUUGGAUUCUUUCAAGGAAGGCUGCCCUCACUGAUGAUAUUUGACCCUGAAUUAAUCAAAAGGAUUUUCGUCAAAGACUUUUCACACUUCGUAGACCACGGGUUCAAAAUGAGCGAGGAAGCAGAUCCGUUGAACGCCCUGAACUUGUUCAACGUACAGGACGUAAUUGGCUCAUGCAUUUUUGGAAUAAAUUGCAACACCAUAAAAGAGCCGAACAAUGAAUUUCGCGUGAUGGGCAAGCGCCUUAUUGAUGUUACGCCAAUUCAGGCCUUCAAGGGAAUGCUCGUGUUCCUUUUCAACGACCUCGCUUUAAAACUGAAAAUCGGCGUCACAGAUCCCGAGGUGACAGAGUUUUUCAAAAAAUUGACAUUAGAUCUGGUGGCGCACAGAAAGAAAAACAACAUUGUGCGCAAAGACUUUUUGCAGCUUUUGAUGGAACUGAAAGAAAACGGCAGAGUUUCUGUUGAUGACGAUGACGAUGACGAGGAUAGUCACUUGCACAGAAACGAGACUAGCAACAAUAUAAAGUUUGACGAUAUUGACAUGGUGGCUCAAGCAUCCGUGUUUUUCCUCGCCGGAUUCGAAACCUCAUCAACUGUGAUUAGUUUCGCUUUGCUAGAGCUAGCCGCAAAUCCCGAUGUUCAAAGGAAGGCUCAGAUAGAAAUUGACGAGCUUCUUGCACAGGCCGACGGGAAAGUAACAUACGAAUCGUUGAAAGAAAUGAAAUACCUAGACUGGAUCUUGCAAGAAACGAUGAGGAAAUACCCUCCAGUGGCGGUUCAUUUCCGUGAGUGUAGCAAAGCAUACAAAAUUCCGGACACAGACGUAAUCCUGGAAAAAGGCAACAUAGUGACAAUUCCCAACCACGCCCUGCAGAACGACCCCAAGUAUUUCCCGAACCCUGACAGAUUUGACCCCGAACGAUUCAACGACGACGACUUCUUGCACAAACACCAGUACAUUUACUCGCCGUUUGGAGAGGGACCCAGACAAUGCAUCGGCAAUCGAUUUGCGUUAAUCCAGUCGAAAAUGGCGCUGCUGGUGUUUCUGAGAAAGUACACUAUCAGCUUCACUGACAAGACGGUGUUUCCGAUCGAACUUGAUGUCAACGGUGAAUCGUUGAAAAUGCUGCUGGCCGUUCAGGUGACCGUGACCCUUUUUGCGGUGGCCGCGUUCCUUCUCUACCGCUAUUUCACGGAACACUUUGACUAUUGGCGCAAAAAAGGCGUAAAUUUCGUGAGGCCGCUCCCCGUUUUUGGCUCUUUGAAAGAAGUGCUUUUCAUCAAGGAACAUUUGGCGGAAUUCUUCGAGCGAAUCUACAAGGAGCACCAGGAUGAGAGAUACUUUGGUUAUUUCAUGGGCCGCAAACCCGCCCUGGUCAUCACAGAUCCAGAGAUUAUCAAGCACGUGCUCGUCAAAGAUUUCUCGCACUUUGUCAACCACGGUUUCGAGAUCCAUGAAGAAGCAGACCCGUUGCAAGCCAAAAAUCUUUUUAUGCUGGAGGGCCAAAAAUGGAGGAAUAUGAGAGCGAAAUUGGUGCCAACUUUCACCUCAGGCAAAAUGAAAGGAAUGCUGCCUUUGAUGAUGGAAGUUGCUGGUGAAUUCGAUUCAAAAUUGACUGAGCUUGCGGAUGCAGGCGAACAAUUUGAGAUGAGGAGCCAAAUUUCCUGUUUUUUCACGGACAUCGUCGGAAGUUGCAUUUUCGGAAUCAAAUGCAAUUCUCUGAAAGACCCUAACGUGGAAUUCAGAAGGGUGUCGAGAAAGCUCGUCGAGCUAGAUUUUUUUGGCGCCUUGAAGACCCUAAUCCAGUUCUUCCUUCCUGAACUUGCGUUAAAAUUGAAAUUGAGCUUCAUGGACAAAGAAACAACCAAUUUCUUCCGCAGACUCGUCCGAGAAGUGAUGGAAUUGCGCAAAACGAGUGGCACCACGCGCAAAGACUUUAUGCAGCUGCUGAUCGAGCUGAAGGAAAAAGGCCAUGUGGCCAUGGAUGAAUCCGACCUGCACGAGGUCAGCGAGGAGGUGCUGACAACCGCUGACGACACUUUUAGUCUGACGCAAGAUGACCUCACAGCCCAAGCGACCGUCUUUUUCCUGGCCGGCUUUGAUACCUCGUCCAGCGUGUCCAGCUAUGUGUGCAUGGAACUAGCGCUGAACCCUGACGUACAGAAAAAGCUCCAAGAGCACGUGGAUGAAGUUCUCAGCAGACACGACAACAAAAUCACCUAUGAGGCUCUAAAAGAUAUGAAGUAUUUGGAAUGCAUCAUCAAUGAGACCAUGCGUUUGCAUCCUGUGGUUCCGAAUCUCAUUCGAAAGUGCAAUAAAACGUACAAGCUGCCUGGCACUGACUUGGAAAUCGAUCCUGGAGUCUUGGUCAACACCCCUAUCUCUGCGAUGAACAAGGACCCGAAAUAUUUCGAGGAACCAGAAAGGUUCAACCCAGACCGAUUUUUGGACGAAACUCUCAUGCAGCGGAAUCAGUUUGUCUUCACUCCGUUUGGAAUGGGACCAAGACAGUGCAUUGGAAACCGAUUUGCAACGCUGCAGUCAAAAGUGGGUCUAUUGACGGUCGUGAGGAAGUUCAACUUGGAAGUAGGGUCCAAAUCCAAGCUGCCGCUAAAACUGGACAAACGUCAGUUUUUUGCAGCAAUUGAAGGAGGUUGCUGGUUGAAAAUUACUCGCCGCAUGUGAUUUUCGUUUCUCUAUUUCCAGUUCAAAAGAAGUUAAUAUAAAUAAUCUGAUAUGUUUUCCUCACUAAUUGUAAAUUGAUGUUAAGUUGAUUCACCUUUGGACUAAUUUAAUAUUCCUGAUUUGAAAUAAAAGGUUUUA